GGCAUCUAGCCCGAGAUUGUUCGCACCGACCUCCGCAACAGCGAGUCGGAGUUGCACCUGUUGCGACGGCGCCUAUCGCUAACGGACCUGGACGAGUAGGUGCCUUGAUGGAGGAGAUAGAAGGCAGUGGAAGUACGCUAGCACCGGCCGAGGAAGCUGCGGAACUCAUUCCGCUGGAUCAAUAUGUAUCGCUGGGUUACCCCGGAUUGGGCAUGAUUGGAACGAUCCGUCCUGCGCCAGAACAGAAGGAAGUGGCGGAGUGGCGACCCUCUCCAGGAGAGAUGGAGUCGAGAGGACCCACUUUCGUCACGGGCGAGAUCGAUGUUUUAAACAUCGUACGAGCGUUGGACCAUCGGAUUCCCCUUCCAAUCGGUCAUUUGCUUUCGAUCAUGGAACAGGUGAACGAACGAAUGCUGCAACACUGCAAGGCGAAUCAGAAACGUUUCGCCCUCGCCAGAACGACCAAUACGAAAGCUAAGAGCCCAACGCCCGACGACAACAAGGCUGGACCAUCGGAGCCAAUCCGAUUAGGAUUAAUCCAAAAAGAUGAUCACUUCCUACGGAUUAAGCCAAUUCCUUGGAAAUUCGCGAAAUGCGAUAUUGAGAUAUGGGGAGUCCCGUAUAAUGCAAUAAUCUAUUCAGGGGCUGCCGUUUUAGCCAUUUCCUUACGGGUAGUUGAAAGAGCUGGCCGAAAUGGCGAUUUGAUCAUGCUGAUUGAGAAGGACCAGCUCGUCUCUGCAGACGAUGAAAAUAUCAAAACAGUCGGGCGGAUGACCAAUGUUGCGUUUCGAUUGGGGAAGGUACAUGCUUUAGGAGAUGUCGUGGUAUUGGAUGUUAACACGUAUGAUGUGUUUUUUGGCCUUCUCGCUCUCGUGGCUCUUCGAGCAAAUCUGGAUUUCGACAGACAGUCGAUUGUCCUCCGGAAAACAGGAGGAAAGCCUUACGCUGUACCCAUGAGAUUGACCCUGCGCACCACUGUUAACGCGGUUCCGCGAAUCUCACCAAUUAUGGCGGGAACCCUUCGCAUGAUUUCCUGGAAGAAUCCUACGGACAAUGGACAACUAUCGGAGGAUGUGGGUAGCAGCGAUGACGAUAACGUGGAAAUACUGAAAUUGACGCAGCAGCGCAUUUAUUUUCCGCCGCCCAGAACGAUUGCAAGAACAAUGCAUCUUACCAGUCUGAAUAAGCAAUGAACCAAAGCGAUGAUUUUGGGCGAACCGCUUGUUCA